AUGAUGGACCCUGGCCAGGUCCCUAUCCAGGAUUCCCAGAGAAUGGCCAUGAAUUAUGUUCAUCAGGUGCUUCCAAAGGCGAACCCCACAAGACCAUGCUCUGGGGGACAUGGGAUAUCAGGUAUCUGCUAUAAGAGCUCAGCUCUAGUCCGGGGUCCUGAGUGUCUUACACAGAUUUGGCACUUCAUGUGCGACACUCUCAUCAAGGCCAUCAGCAUGGAGCCUGACUCAGUCAUCCUCUCAGAAAUAAUGCACUCCUUUGCAAAGUGCAUUGAAGUAAUGGGAGAUGGGUGCCUCGCCAAUGAACACUUUGAGGAGCUUGAAGGUAUAGUGAAGGAGAAGCUUGACAAACAUUUCAAAAAUCAGAGUUGCGACAAGUUAAAAGACAAGAUGAAGAUUAUGAAUGAACAGGUUGAAGAGUCACAACAAGAUGAGGAUGAUAAUGAUGUUUAUAUACUGACUAAAGUGUCAGAUAUUUUACACUUGAUACUCAGUAGCUACAAAGAAAAGGUGUUGUUGUGGUUUGAACAUCUGCUCCCAUUAAUUGUCAACCUGAUUUGUCCACAUAGACCAUGGCCAGACAGACAAUGGGGAUUGUACAUCUUCGAUGAUAUCAUAGAACGCUGUAGUCCAGCUUCAUUUAAGUAUACAGAAUAUUUCUUAAGGCUAAUGCUCCAGUAUGUGUGUGACAACAGCCUAGAAGUCAGGCAAGCUGUGUAUGACCCUGGCACCAUGGUGCAGUAUGGUGGACAUAACUAUUGCCCCUUCUGUACAGAAGCACUCCCACUGCUUGCAAGAGUCAUUCAGUCUGCAGAUUCUGACACCAAAGAAAAUAUCAAUGCCACAGAGAACUGCAUCUCAGCAGUGGGAAAGAUCAUGAAGUUCAAGCCCGACUGCGUGAAUGUGGAGGAGGUCUUACCACACUGGCUGUCGCGGCUCCCCCUUCAUGAAGAUAAAAAAGCUGUCCAGACCUUCAGUUACCUGUGAAACCUGAUUGGAAGUAAUCACCCAAUUGUGCUUGGCCCAAGCAAUACCAAUCUACCAAAAAUAUUCAGUAUAAUUGCAGAAGGAGAAGUGCAUGAGGCCAUUAAACAUGAAGACCCCUGUGCCAAACGCCUGGCCAAUAUAGUUCACCAAGUACAGACCUCUGGAGGAUUGUGGACUGAAUGCACAGCACAGAUCAGUCCGGAGCAGCAGGCAGCCAUACAGGAGCUCCUGAACUCUGCCUGAAGGGCCUUAA